AUGCCUCUGCUCCCGUUGUCGAGUCUGCCCGGGCACUCCGUGUCCCCUCCGCGGACGGUUCUUGGUCCCCUUGCAGGCCCCAGGUGGUCACUAAGACUUGUUUCCUCUUCCCUUCCCAAGGACUUGAAGGAGAAGAAGGAAGUUGUGGAGGAGGCGGAGAACGGAAGAGAUGCCCCCGCUAACGGGAACGCUAAUGAGGAAAACGGGGAACAGGAGGCUGAGAAUGAGGUAGACGAAGAAGAGGAAGAAGGCGGGGAGGAGGAGGAAGAGGAGGAAGAAGGCGACGGUGAAGAGGAGGACGGAGAUGAAGACGAGGAGGCUGAGGCAGCUACGGGCAAGCGGGCAGCUGAAGAUGACGAGGACGAUGAUGUGGACACCAAGAAGCAGAAGACCGGAGAGGAUGACUAGACAGCAAAAAAAA